GUUGCCAUGGCAGCGUCCUUGCGCGUGGCUGGGCGGAGGGAAGAUGGCGGUGACUGGCUGGUUAGAGAGUCUGCGGGCGGCAGAGAAGACAGCGCUGCUGCAAGAUGGGAGAAGAAAGGUGCACUAUUUGUUCCCGGAUGGAAAGGAAAUGGCUGAAGAAUAUGAUGAGAAGACGAGUGAACUACUUGUGAGAAAGUGGCGAGUGAAAAGUGCGCUGGGAGCCUUGAGCCAGUGGCAGCUUGAAGUGGGAGAGCCAGCACUCCCAGGAGCAGGAAGCCUGGGGCCCGAGCUCAUCAAGGAAAGCAAUGCUAAUCCUAUCUUCAUGCGUAAGGACACAAAGACGAGUUUCCAGUGGCGGAUUCGAAACCUCCCCUACCCUAAGGAUGUCUAUAGCGUUGGUGUGGCCCAGAAGGAGCGCUGCAUUGUUGUCAGAACAACCAACAAGAAGUACUACAAGAAGUUCUCCAUUCCUGACCUAGACAGAUACCAGCUACCUCUGGAUGAUUCCUUGCUGAGCUUUGCUCAUGCCAACUGCACCCUGAUAAUCUCUUAUCAGAAGCCAAAGGAAAUCAUGGUGGCUGAGUCAGAGCUACAAAAGGAGCUAAAGAAGGAAAACCUGAAGAACCUAGAUUUUUUUUCUUCCGAAAAAGAGGACCCUGGAAGAGCAGAACCAAUUCAGACAUCUACAGCCUAUCCUACAAGGGAGAGAUUCAGCUGCUGCUUGUCUAGGAUCACAGCUCUAGGAAGCAAAUGGCCUUAAUGAGGGGUAAGCAUCCUAACACCCAGGGCAACCUGGAGAUGCAGUGUUCUGUUUGGGGAUGUACUCAGUUUUCCAUCCCUGUUCUUGGAUGACUAUUAGAAGAGGAUGUUAUAGGAAAAACCAUUUUUAAUUAAAAUAUUUUGUAUUACAAAAAAACUUUUGGAAAGAUUAAUAACAGAAUGGACUUUUCAGAAAGAAGACCUUAUGAACACUUCCCUAGGGAAGUGGAGAGAAAAGGAGAAGACAAAACUAGAUCAACCAGAGGAGGAGACUGGCAAGAAACACACCUUCACUGCUACUGUAAAUUUUGGCAUUUAAAAUUCAGGGUUAAAGCUACAUAGCCAGCCUCGGUGUCUAUCAACUAAUGAAUGGAU